UUGUAACUAUACGUGUACCGCUACCUGUGUAGCGACAAGUGGUCGUCCAUCGUGGCUUAUCGCUUGGUGCUUAGUUUAUGAGUUUACAGUGCUUCACACCCGAUUAUGCUGUGUAGACACGCGGACGCGCAUCAGCAGUAUGGAUGUAUUCCUUUAUACACUGUUAGUGUUCGCACAUCUUUUACGUGAAUUGUACGCUGCGAUUUGCUAUGCGUGCGAUGCGGUAUAUCGGAGGUGCACGGAAUCCCAAUGUGCGACAGCGGAGCUCGAUCAGCUCGUUCGCACGCUUACCUAUACGAAGAAGGUACCCAGGCAUCUGGUGAUUGUACUCGGACUGUACGACGAGUCUGUUCUAGACUGUGUGCGUAUCAUUGGAUGGUGCAAUACACUUGCUAUACCUUACAUCAGCUUCUUUGAUUGUCAUGGUUUCUUGAAGAAAAAUGAAUUCAGUCUUAAAGAAGAAUUCGCGAGAAAGCGACCUGAUUUAAUAGAACAUAUUACUUGGAAUCCACAUAUAAAGGCACUUAGUCAAAAUGGAGUAAUUGAAAGCAAGUCAAAAAUAAAUGUAUCAUUACUGUCGGAUAUAGACAGUAAAGGAAAAAUAACAACAUUGGCGCAGUCAUUGGCGAAGAUUGUAUCUUCGGGGAAUCUUGAUCUGGAAGAAAUUACAGACGAACUAAUUACUGAAAAAUUACAAAUAAAAGGGAUGCCUGAUCCUGAUCUUGCUUUAAUACAUGAUUAUGCUUGUUCCACGCAUGGUGUACUACCAUGGCACACAAGAACGACAGAAAUUUUAAUGCUGCCGCUGUACGUUAGUCUCUCAGUGAAAGAUUUCACGUGUCUAUUAGGGAGGUAUAACAAAUGUGUACAACGGCACGGUAAAUGAUAUGUAAUUAUCCUUAUUUAUACAAGAGAUAUCGUGUUGAAAUAAGAAAUAAAUUGUCAUAAAAACUGAGUACGGAAUAUGAUUAUUUCACAUACGCUACAAAUACAAAAAUUAACUUUUGUGAUC